CCUGUGUCGUCGACAACAUCGUGUACUCCAAUGGCGAGCCCAUCCCAACGGACGAUCCCUGUGAAGCGUGCAAGUGUCGACCCCCCGGAUUUGCCUGUGUGCUCAAGGAGUGCGAGAUCAAGCCCGGAUGCAGAGCUGUGCGAAGAGCUGGAUACUGCUGCCCCGAAUAUUUUUGCGGUUGCGAACACAAUGGACGAAUGUAUCGUGACGGGGACCAAAUCGAAGAUUCCCCGAAUCCUUGCUUAGUCUGUUUCUGCCAGGGUAGUUCCAUCGCUUGUUCUCACGUCGACUGUCUCUACAGGGUGGACUGCGCCCCAGAAUAUGAGUCAGGAGCAUGCUGCCCCCACUACAACAACUGCAUCUCCGCCAUAGAUUCUGGAGAUGAAGAGUUGAAUACUGUACAGACAAGUAGUGAACAGCCUCCUUCAGUUACAACUUUAUUUACAAUCUUAACAGAAGAGAGCACUCCAUCAGAAGAAACUUUUUCACCUGAGAGCGCGGUAAGUUCCGAAAUUCCCCAAGAUGUAGGAAGCAAAGUUAUUGGUCCCUUUGUUCUCGUAGAAAAGGAUGGAGUAGAAACGUUAGAACCUGUUGAAAAAACUACGACCCAAAACGGUGAAAAUGACCUCAGUAAUGAUGAAACGGAUUUAGACCACGAUACUGCUGUUAAAGAACCAGAAAAUAACAUCUCUCUGAAUUCUGGCAUGGAUCUAAACGUAGAAGAAAGUAAGGAAGAGGCAAAAGAAGAGGUAAUCAUGACCGUUGAGGAUGGAACAAAUCCUGAAGUCGUCGUCUUGACUACAGAAGAAUCUAAAGCUCUAGAAGAUGCCUUAAGUGAAACAACAGCACCCUUUGCAGAACUGCCAAGCAAGUCAGAGGAUAGUACUGAAAACGUGGGCGUGACGUGGACCAUACAUCCCUCAAUGGAAGAUACAGUUGGCCCUGAAGAGAAACGCAAGAGUAAGAAGUUUCCCGAAAGUGAAGAGGUUAGCACAGAUAUUGUAUCCAAAGAAAAUUUUGAACCAAUAACAGACCAAAGCGAGGAACAAACAAGUAGUACAGAAACAUUAGUGAAAGAUUUUGUAACAUCGAGAGGUACAGAAAUAUCGUACUUUGAUGAUGAAUUGUCAACAGAAAAGAUCGAGGCUAGUUCCGAAGUUGAACGAAGUGUAGUGUAUGAAGAAAUAGAAGGUGAAAAGAAAGAACCAAUGGACGUCAACGAUGGAAUAACAGAGAAAUCUAUGGAGGAAGUCACUACUAAUGAAGAAAAGAAACCUAGGGCUGAAGAAAAUGAAGAAACAGUAACACUUGUAGUUCUGGUAAAAGAUGAGGAUGUUCAACAAAACGAAAACUCAGAUGAACCUAAAGAAGGAGAGCAGCCAGUGGAAGAGGUAGACAAAUCAGUGGAAGAGGUAGUGAAAUCAGUGGAAGAGGUAGACAAAUCAGUGGAAGAAGCAGAAAAACCAAUGAAAGAGGCAGAGUUGCCAGUGGAUGAGGUAGAGUUGUCAGUGGAGGAGGUAGACCAAUCAGUGGAGGAGGUAGACCAACCAGUAGCAGUAGCAGAAUAUCCAGUAAUAGAGACACAGAUGUCUGGCGAAGAGGUAGAUCUAUCCAAGGAAGAAGGAGAACAGCCAAUAGAAGGAUUGGAUCAAUCCGAUGAAAAAGUAGAUCAACCAACCGAUGAUGGUUUGAAAAUCAGCAGUGCACCAGAAAAUCGCUACAAGGCAUUGGACGAAGCCAUACUUUCUGCAUUCGUUCCCGAUGAUUCCUCAAGCGUAGAUGAAUCCCUUGUAGAGGAAAUGAGUCCAGCUACUGAAAUAAAUGAAACUGUGGAAAUGGAGGCUACUUCAGAUCAAGCAGAACUGUUGGUAACGUUUGUAAAUGAAUCUGCACAGUUUCCUGGAGCAGAGGUGACAGCCAUGAAUGUGGGAGAGAUGAUUGGUACCGAAAGUGAGCAAAUUAAAAAUAAUACGAAAGUAGGAGAAAAUGAUGGUGAGUAACAUGUCUUUUCGAUAGGACAAGGAAGACAACUGUGAGCAUCAAAAAGUGCUUAGACUUACGAAACAGGAUUUCUCGGGACAUCAACUUGCACCGAAGAGCAUGGUGAACUUGGCAUUCAUAGACGGGGGAAAAAAGGAAAGACUUUUAAAUGGGGAGAAGUUAUCAUUUGGAGGACUGCAUCUUUUAUCUUUUUUUUUUUUUUAAUUCAUAACAUUCCACUCUUAAAUGUUUGGUAUUGAAUUCCUAUAAACAUAGGGUAAAUUAUUUGAAGUAAAACUAAUUAAUUUGUCAUGUUUUUUGUCAUUAUGUUACAUGUAAAUUGUCUUUUUCCUCUUUAAAGUCAUGUCUGUAAAUGUUUUUAACUCAUUCA